GCAUCGUUCGAAGAUAUGUGGUUUUCAUACAGCGACCGAAGCCUCGGGGUACCAAUCGAAAUCGAGACGCCUGGUACUAGACCUAGAAAUCAAAAUAGAAGCCAUCCCAGUCAUGCCAGCCAUGCCCCUCUACGCUUUCGGCAGAUGGAUUGCUUACUGCCAGUGAAACAUACAGCAACUCACUGUCAAAUAAGCGCCAAUUGACUUUGUUCAGUUGGCGAAAUCAAAUGUUUGGAAAAGAACCUUCCCAUAGCGCUAUUUGUAGUUUGUUCCUACCAAGCGUCAAUCAACUCGAUGGCUACCAUCGACAGGAGAUGCGAUACCACCCUUUCUGUGAGGUUACGAUCCAACGACAAGAGUCUUGACCGCCUCAUUCUUCGUGAGCCUCGAUCAGUUCACUGCUCUCCUAGUUUUGAAGAAUUCGUCGAGGCUAUGAGCGGGAACAUCACUGUUAAGGUAGUUUUUGUUGGAGAAUUGGUGGUGCAAACGCUAGAGGAAGAUAAAUUAUGCACGCUCUUGGAGAAACUCGGUUGCCUGACGGCGCUGGAAAACCUAGAAAUAGCUCUGCCUCAUCUCGGCGCGAAGAAGCGCAUCACGGCAUCAUCCGUCGUUCGAUUUCUGGGCCGGGCCAAAGCUUUAAAGACAUUCGUCCUAUGGCCUUUUCUCCGAAUCGACUCAGGAGAGGAUGCUAAGCUUAUUGCCUGUGUCCUCAAAGAUCAUCUCAAUCUCCAACAUUUAGGCUUUAUGCAUUUGGUAAUGAGUGGAGGAAGUCGAGGCAUUGUGAUUGAUCCAAUUCUUCGAAGCUUGGCAACUGUUCCGAAGUUAGAAACCUUGCAGAUCUCUGCGGCUUUUAGUAUGCAAGAGGGCCGUCAAGCUGUCAGAGAGGAAUCCAGCUUGACGAACCUCCUCAUGCCUUCUUGUGCCUUGAAGUAUUUUGCACUGCGCAAUUUAAACCUCGGUGACUCACACUGUACUGCCAUUGCCAAUAUGUUAUCUAAGUAUGGCAGCGUUUGCUCCUUGAAACUGUUAGACCUCCGCUUCAAUUCGAUAACUGAAAAGGGAUUCACAGCGCUACUUGCUACACUUCAAGAAAAUUAUAUUCUUGAAUGGCUGGAAACGGAUUGCAGGAACAAGAACUGGCUGGAGAAGAUAUCUUUUGCUCUCGCCUUGAACCGAGCAGGGCGCUUUGCACUGCUUCGAGAUCCAUCAACUUCACGGCAAGAGAUGAUGGGUGUGUUUGAGAAGUGCUGUGACAACCUCAAUGUAUCCUACCACCUGCUUCGCCACAAUCCAUCGAUCUGUGACCGAGGAAAGGACAAAGUAGAAAACGGUUUUACACCAGCGUCUCAAACUUAAACUUACAGUUAGCAGU